AUGGGCUCUCAGAUUGACUCGCAGGACGAGUUUACGGUCCUCGUGACCGGCUUCGGCCCUUUUAAAGCCGCCUACCCCGUCAACCCUUCGUGGGAGAUCGCACGCCGCCUACCAUCCCACCUGCCAACCACCUCCGUGCCCGCCGCCGGCGCCGACCCCUCCACGGCACCGGCCCUACCACUGCCGCCCGUCCGGAUCCUCGUCCACCCCGAGGCCAUCCGCGUCAACUACCAAGUCGUCCGAGGUCUCGUGCCGACUCUCUGGGACCAGCUCCCUCACGACACCCCCGGCGACCCCUCGGCGGCACCGCCACGUGAUGACCCCAGCGACGCCGCCGCCCACCCCUCCAACCCGCCGCGCAUCGACCUCUGCAUCCACAUCGGCAUGGCGGGCCCCCGACCCUUCUACUGCAUCGAGCGCCGGGGCCACCGCGACGGCUACGCGAUGCCCGACGUCGACGGCACGCGCCUCGAGGACGACGACCGGCGGCGCGAGCAGGGGCCCGACUGGGUCUGGGCCGACAUACCCCCCGAGCUCGAGACGGACCUCGACGUGCGCGACGUGCUGCGGCGCUGGCGACGGCUGAGCCCGGACGACGCCGACCUGCGCAUUUCCGAGGACGCGGGACGCUAUCUGUGCGACUUUAUCUACAUGUCGAGUCUGGCGCACCUCUACCGUAAGGGCGAGCAGAGGCGCGUCGUCUUCUUGCACGUGCCGUGUGACGCGAGCGAGGAGGCUGUCGGCCGAGGCACGGAGCUGGCGACGGGGCUCGUGAGGGCCUUGGUCGAGAGUGAGGUGCAGAGAAGGCGAGAGUGCGGACAUAAGGAAGGAGGAUAA